AUUUUUCCCUCUCCCUUUGUCCAGUGCAACGACAGACACACACACCCUCUCAUCCAGUUUGUAGCAGGCGUAGAGAGACAAGGACAAAAACACCCCCUCCACACGACACCGUGUAGACCACAGAAACGCCAAGCUACACCACAGGUUGCUGUCCAGGAUGGCGGGGAUGAAGGAGCAGCAGAUCACGGAGGAGAAGCCCCUGCUGCUGGAGCAGAAAGGAGUGGACUCGGACAUGCAGGAAAAAGGAGAGGAGGCAUCGGCGGGGCAACCAUGUCCCGAAAGCCCCGCGCCCUCUAAUGAACCCCCUCCCCCCCGCCGCCCCACUCACCGCUGGCAUGCCAUCGCACGGCACUGGCUCCGCCAGACCCGCCGUCGGACCAGCGGGGUCAUCCCGGAGUGCUGUGAACAGCUGAUGCCACCAGGCGACUGGAAGAUUCAAGAGCAUUGUUGGGAUUGGAGUUGGAGCUGGAGCUUAUAUUCUGGCAAAGUUUGCUCUCAUCUUCCCUGACAAGGUGGAGGGUUUGGUUCUGCUCAACAUCGACCCGAAUGGCAAAGGAUGGAUCGACUGGGCUGCCUCCAAGCUGUCGGGUCUGACCAGCAACAUCCCUGAUAUUGUGUUGCCACAUCUUUUCAGUCAGGAGGAAUUGGUUGGCAACACAGAACUGGUUCAGAGCUACCGACAACAGAUCAACAACUCGAUCAACCACGCCAACCUGCAGCUCUUCUGGAACAUGUACAACAGCCGGAGGGACCUGGAGAUGAACCGUGGGGGGUCGGCCAUUAACGCUAAAACCUUGAAAUGUCCUGUGAUGCUGGUUGUUGGUGACAAUGCUCCUGCUGAGGAGGGAGUGGUUGAGUGCAACUCCAAACUGGACCCAACCAACACCACCUUUCUAAAGAUGGCCGACUCUGGUGGACUUCCCCAGCUCACACAGCCUGCCAAACUGACUGAAGCCUUCAAGUAUUUCCUGCAGGGAAUGGGCUACAUUGCUUAUGUGAAGGAUCGGAGGCUGAGUGGAGGGCCAGUGCCCUCGGCCAGUAUGACCCGCCUGGCUCGCUCCAGAACGGCCUCUCUGACCAGCGCUGGCUCCGGGGAGGGGAACCGCUCUCGGGCCUGCACCAACUCUGACAGCGCCGAUGGAGUCGGUGCUGUCACCCAAACCAUGGAGGUGUCGUGCUGAAGAGCCACAUACUGACGGAGUGAAAGAAGAGGCUGAGGGGAAGGAGAGAGAAAGUAGGAAACAGAAAUGAUGGGAGCUGGGGGUUAACAUUAGCUUGAAGAAGCUCACGGCUCUUUCUGUCUUCGUCUUUUUUCCUCCAUAUCCCUUUAAUGUGCCAUUUUCUUUCCUCUUUCGCUGUAAAAUACCAUAAGUAUUGUUACUAAUGCACCCAGCAGACCUUUAAAUAUCCCCCCUUGUCCCUCCUUUCCCCCCACACUGAAAGAUUUAACCAACUGGUUUUGCUCUUGAAGUGUCAAUCUUGUGUUUGCUAAAUGUUCCUCAUUAUUGCCUGCGCCCUUUGAACACCUCCCCCCACCACCACCACCCCCCAACUUACAUACACACAAAAAUUUAAAAAAUACAGCUGUCUUCAAAACAAAUCUGCACAGCAAUAUCUCACGAAAAGCUGCCAUUAACAUUGAAAAUGAAGCUGAAAAUGUCAAAUGUGGGGAAAAAAGAAAGAAGAACUUUGAGGGGGGGUGCCAUAUGGGGGGGUAAUGUAAACAGAUAAAGUGUUGUGCAUGUGUCUUUUGAAAGUAUUACCUGUUUAUAGCAUCUCUCUCUGCGCUGUUGGUAAGGAUGAUUCUUUCCACGAGGAGCAGGGAAACACAAAGUGGAGGUGAGUCCAGACUUGGACAGACAGCACCACCAAGCCUCGCUGUAGUCGAGUGUAUUGGUAGCUCUUAGACACGAUUCAUUAGCUGAUUUAGAGCAUAAAUAGAGCACAGCACAUUGAUUUAAAGCUGCACUUGGUAGAAGUUGAUGUAAAAAUGUAAAACCAUAAUUUGAAAGCAGCAGAGUAUUAUUAUUUUACCUGGGGUCUGUUAUUCGUCAGUAAAAGCAUCUUUCUUAAGACAGGAGAUGAAACCAGUUUCACCACUAGACCACCAGGAUCUGCUUUUAUUGCUGCAAUAUCACAAUGACAGAGCGAACAAGGUGGAAGUGGUUUAUUUUCUUUUAUAACUUUUGCGCUAGAUGACAAUCUGGAGCUGCGUAAUAAACCGUGCACGUAGAACUAGAACUGUCGAAUGAACUGCGAUUGCUGCUUCAGCUUGUUGAACUCCGCUUGUUAGAAAAAGUGAAAACACGUUUGCUCAUUAUAGGCAUGUGAGAGUUAAUUCAUUUAUUGAACGUUUCUUUUUUUUUAAUUUUGCACUUUCUAAAGAUGAAAAAGCUUGACCGUGAAUGGCCUUAUAAGAGGUGUCUGUUUUUACAUGCUUGGAUUUAGUGUCUGUUAACGAAUUAAGCUGUCAAAAAAGUAUAGCAUCUUGCUUUACAUUGUAAGAAAAAAAAAGACUGUGAAGCUCUUCACCAGCAUGCCUUUAUUUGUGAAUUUAGCAUGAAGAUGUAAUGAUGUAUAUCUGCAUUAAAGACUGCUUCAGAAUGAUGUUUAAAUUUAGCAUGCACCGUACGUAGUUAUCAUUUAUUACGUUUGUUAACGCACUUGUUAGUCUCAUAAGAGAUUAAUCAAAGCCAAAUGCUCUCAUUGAAAUUGGAGGAAGCUCUAAUUCCUGUCAUGUGAGCAAACUGCUAAUUUUUCUGACGUAACAUAAGAACGAGUUAGAUAAUUAAAGUCUAAAGUUUUUCUAUAUUACUGCUGUUUGCAUCCACUUUAGUGUUAUGUUGCUGAAUGCAGCUUUAAUCUUUGUGCGUCCAACAAGACAAUCUGCUAUACAAAUAAAACCUAGAAGUACAACGUAUUUGCAUGUGAAUGUGAUUUUUAGGGCAUUCUAGUACGAGUAGUAUCUAACAAUAGGGCAUUCUUCGAUAGAUCAAGUAGUUGAGUAUGUAGGUGCAACCACUGUCAUCGUCUGUAGCUCCACUGCAUGGAUGUGGUUCUGGCCAUAGUCGGACCUUUGUGGUCUCUAACUUGACAAUCACACACUGAUCCAAACCAAACUAGACCGGGGAUCCGAGGCAGAACCAUGCCAGUCGAAAUGGCUUUUCUGCAGGACGGCUGCAAAGAGCUUCCCUUACAGCGCGCAGCCCCUCUGCAUGUAUAAACCAAAGCUGCCUACCUGCACACAGACUCACAGGAUCUCCUCGACUACAACACAUUUCCACACAUGUUGAGAGGAAAACUGCGUGGGCUGGGCUUUGUGAUGGGAUUGCUCUAAAGAAACGACUGAUAUACACAAAAUUAACACCUAAAAAAAAUCUAUCUUUACAAAGUUAGUGGAUGUUUUGGUGUUCUCUGUAGCCAUAAUCUCAGUAGUUCAGCUCUUUUAGUCGUACAUAUUUACAUCAAGUGUAGUUAUUGAGCAGAAAAGGCAUGUGCUGUUGUCUGUCGUUGUUUUGGACCACCUCGUUGGAGAUCAAACAUGGCGCUCCUGGUUUUGUGGUGCAGUAUUUAUCACUUCACUUCUUCGUGCUUUAAGUAAUAAUGAUAAUAAAAUAAAAUAAAACUUUGGUCCUCUGUAGGAAGCAGUGUAGCUUCCAAACAUUGAGGUGUGCAAUUCCCUGAGGCCGCCUGUCAGGGGCGGGGCUUUUUUGGCGCCAUUUGGGCUCCAAGCUCAGAAUGUAGGGCAAACCCCAGCCACCUUAACAAACCAACAAAAAAUCCCCUUAAAAAUCACUUGGUGCCCCGGCUCUCACAGGCAAACCCAGCGGCACCCUAAAGGGCUAUCAGCUGAAGUCACUUUUCAAGAUGUUGGUAGUGUUGCAGUAUCUGAGCACCAGGGGGCGAUGGAGAAACAUGAACAAGAAGUGGUUAACAAAACAGAGAGAGAUGCUGACCUGAAACAUAGUUGAAUGAAUGUUUUAAAGGAAAAGAAUGUGAACUCGUUGAAGCAUGAAAGAGUAUUUGUUGUUCAUGUAUUUAACAAUAUAAAAUAAGCUUCAUGUUUUAAAGACGUGGAAGAAGGAGACGAUGAGAUCAGAUCAAACAGCCCGCGACCAAUUUCACGAACAUUCACGGUUGCAUGUUGUGGAGUUUGUGUACGAUCAUCUUUCAGUGUUUCUGCUCUUCACAAAGCUAUUUUCUGCCACUUACUUACACUCUGGUUUCCUCCUACACCACUACAACCCACACUGCCUGGGGGGCUCCUGAAUGUAUCUUGUCCCUUUUUGAAGUGCUGUACAGUAUUGUCAACCCACACCUCAUUCUCACUCUGGUUUGCACUUCUUAUCUUUGUCCCUCAUUUUUGACAUUUAACCCAGUACUUAAAAAACGAGCUCCUUCCUCAGCUUUCCUCUCCAAGGUCUUUAACCGGUAAUGAUGACUUACGAGCGUCCACAGCUCUUGCAAGCUGGCACUGGAUCAGUUUGUGUAGACCUUGGUCCUCCUUGCUCUUGUAGAUACUUUUUAUUUAUAGAGCAGGUUUCCAGUACCGAACACUAACCACUGUUAACGUGACAAAACAUAUUUUUAUUUUUUUUAUAGGUAACUGUAGGGUGUAACAUCAUACUGGUACAAUAAUCUUGAUAAAUGUGUUACUACUACUCUUAUGCUUCUUCUUACUGCCAUUAUGAAUCAUUUGUAUGAAGCAAUAAGUUCUUUAUUUUCUUGUUUGUUUUAUAUUGUGGGAGUCUUCCCUGUUAGCUUGUUUCUAUUCACGACUGUAGAAAGACUCCUACCUGCUUCAUUGUCAUUCAGAUGUGUAUUGUAAAAUUUAAAUAUAAUAUAUAUACUAUAUAAAUACAAAGUUAGAUGUCUCUGUCCAUGUACUGAUCAAGUAACCAGUAAGAAAUAAAGGAUAAAUGUCGUAA